UUGGAGGUUAUUGACGUUGUUCGUUGCUGUUGUUGUUGUUAUUGCGUGUUUACGAUUUUCGGGUUUUCUUUUCCGAUUUAAGAGUUAGAGUGUAGGCUUGAGGUAUAACGGAAUACGGAUGGAUGGUAAAUUAAAGUUUUAGAACAUUAGAAGUGUCAUCUUCAUCUUGUUAACCUGUGGUGGUUCGUAGAGUGUAGGUCUAUCUAUUAGCCUAUCCAUCUAAAAGGUUACACCUAAAAUCUGCAAGUUGACACUGUUGACAGUUGAUGCUGCGGUCAUCAUUUAAGAAACUAGUAAUCCAAUCCAAGUCGUGCUUGCCAUCAUCAGUAACCUUCAAGAAAAUGGGUGCAGAUUGUGAAAGUGGCGAAGCUCAAGCAGAAGAACACUCAAAGCGUCCAUUAAGAGUGUCAAUAGAAGGAAACAUUGGUUGUGGGAAAUCCACUCUUAUAAACUAUUUCAAGAAGUUUUCUGAGGUUGACUCACGUCCUGAGCCUCUAGAUUCCUGGAAAAACGUACAAGGACAUAAUCUGUUGAUGUUGACAUAUGCUGAGCCUCAACGCUGGAAUUUCACUUUCCAGCAUUACGUUCAACUGAGUCGACUCAGUCUUCAGGUUCUGGAGUCGGAACACAAGAUCCAGAUAUUUGAACGAUCUCUUCAAAAUAACAGGUACUGCUUUGUAGAAAUGGCCCAUAAAGCCGGUUUGUUGGCAGAUCCUGACUAUGUAGCUAUGUGUGAGUGGUAUGACUGGAUUGAAAACAAUCUCGAUAUCGGUCUUGAUCUCAUUGUAUACUUGCGUAGUGACCCUGUGGUAGUGUAUGAGCGUAUGCAACGCAGAGGCAGACCGGAGGAGAGUCCUGUCAGUCUGCAGUAUUUGACAGAUCUACACAACAGCUACGAGCGUUGGUUGGUGGACUGUGAUCCGUCUUCGUUACCUGCACCUGUUUUGGUUGUUGACGUUAAUAACGAUCUCCCUACAGUACAGGCGAUGUACAAGACGGUAGAGCAGUACAUCCUGGGCCGCAAAGCUCUUCCAAACACAGGCUAUGUGAAAGAGUUCGGCUGGGGAAUAGACAGGAUAGAAGAAGUUACAUGCUAAAACAUUUUCUCAGUACCAGUACCUAAGGUACUAUGUGGUCUCGCUUUUGUUAUAUCUGCAUAGUGUUAGUAGUAACGUCUUUUUAUGUGUGGCUAGAAAUAAGUGUAGAGUUUGUUCAAACAAACAAAAAUAUGACAAGCAAUGUUUUUUGUGCAAAAGAGAUAACAAUAUUUCUAAAUAUUGAAAUUUAAAAAGUCUAAUUUUUCAGUAGAACCUUGCUUCAGAAGAAACCCGGACUCCAUUUGAGGUUAAA